AAGACGAAGAAGAACAAGAAAGAAAGAAAGAAAGGAAGAAGAAGAAAGAUUGCUUAGAAGGAUGACGACAUCAAUGGCGAAUCUCAAGGUAGGAACAAGACCGCCAUGGGUAGGCCUUGGAGCUGCUGUAUGGCUUCAAAUUGCGUCUGGUAAUCCAUACAAUUUCCCUCUCUACUCUCACGCUCUCAAAUCAGUUCUAGGUCUCAAUCAGAAACAGUUAACCAUCCUCGGAGUCGCCAACGACGUCGGAGAGAACGUCGGUAUACUCCCCGGCAUUGCUUGUAACAAAAUCCCUCCCUGGAUCGUCCUCUUGAUCGGCGCUUUCUUUUGCUUCUUUGGCUAUGGCCUCCUUUGGCUCUCUCUCACCCGUACUGUCGAUUCCAUGCCUUAUUGGCUGCUAUGGAUUGCGUUAUGUAUUGCUACUAAUAGCAGUGCCUGGCUUGGAACAGCCGUUCUUGUAACAAACAUGAGGAAUUUCCCACUCAGCCGUGGAACAGUCGCCGGAAUUCUCAAAGGAUACGCAGGUUUAAGUGCGGCAGUCUACACAGAAAUCUUCGGUAUUCUUCUUCGAAAUUCAUCUCCAAAUCUUUUGUUAUUUCUUGCAAUCGGCGUUCCGAUCUUGUGUAUAAGCUUGAUGUAUUACGUUCGUCCUUGUACUCCUGCUUCCGGUGAAGAUCCGGCUGAACCUACUCAUUUCCUUUUCAUCCAAAUCACUAGCGUUUUACUCGGUCUAUAUCUUCUUACCACUACAAUACUUGAUCAUUUCAUACCAUUGAAUACUUCAAUUUCUUAUUCUUUGAUUGCUGUCAUGGUGUUGCUUCUCAUUGCUCCUCUUGCCAUUCCUGUGAAAAUGGCUUUUUAUCCUUCCUCCAUUCGGAGUAAACUCGAUCAGCCUCCGAAUCAAGAAGAGCCAUUGUUGGUUGCUUCUCAUGGCUCGUCUUCGUCUAUGCUUGAGAGUUUGCCUAAGAUUGACAGCGUUUCGGAAAUUGACACGCUUCUUGCUUUGGGAGAGGGGGCUGUGAGGAAGAAGAGACGGCCUAGAAGAGGAGAGGACUUUAGUUUUCGUGAAGCUUUUGUUAAAGCCGAUUUCUGGCUACUGUUUCUGGUUUACUUUGCUGGGGUUGGUACAGGUGUUACUGUUUUGAACAAUCUAGCCCAGAUUGCGGUUGCCAUGGGGACUAAAGACACAACCGUUCUUCUUUCCCUUUUCAGCUUCUGCAAUUUCAUCGGCCGUCUUAGCGGAGGGGCGGUAUCUGAAUACUUUGUCAGGAAAAGUUUCACUCCUAGAACAAUUUGGAUGUCUGUUACGCAAGUAGUGAUGAUAAUGACCUACCUUCUAUUCGCAUCGGGUAUCGAUGGAACCCUUUAUGCUGCAACAGCCAUUCUCGGGGUCUGCUAUGGGGUCCAAUUCUCGACCAUGGUUCCAACUGCGUCUGAGCUGUUUGGGCUGAAGAAUUUUGGUGUCAUCUUUAGUUUCAUGUCGCUAGGAAAUCCUCUCGGGGCCCUUUUAUUCUCGGGGAUUCUCGCGGGCAAUGUUUACGAUGCUGAGGCUAUGAGACAACAUUCUAAGACAUGUUUGGGUCCUGAUUGCUUUCGGGUCACCUUUUUUGCUUUGGCCGGAGUUUGUGCUGCUGGCUCUGUUCUCGGUUUGGUUUUGACUAGGAGAAUUAAGCCGGUUUAUGAGAUGCUUUAUGCCGGAGGUUCCUUCCGGUUGCCUAAUAAUCAUUGAAAGGAUGUUCAUGUUUAGAUCGAAAAACUAACCAAUAAUAAAAAAAAUGGAAAUGAGUAUAUUUUUGUUUUCAAAAGUUUGGUUGAUUUAGUUU